AUGGCGAAUCAAACCUCUGCGGCCCUGAGCGGAGGUAUCCCAUGGGAUCAGCUCAUCAAGUUCGCCAACGAAAAAAAGGCUGAGGAGGAAAAGAGCGGAAGGCCUGCGCAGCUUAACCAGCAGCAGAUCAUCGCCAUUUCACAACUCAUCGAUCUCGUUCAUGACAUUGAGGUUGAAGACAAAUGGGUGGGCGAACUGAACAAAUACUGCCAGCAGAACAGGUUACCCCUUCCGAUAUUCGCUCCGGAGACUUUCACUUUGCAAGUCUACGGCACAAAUGUACCGCGAUCUCGGGUCACUUGCAUUAUCACCUCAAAACAAGAAUCGUUCCCCAAGGAGGGAUACGGCUACGAGGCAGGUCAAGAAGUACCGUCUUUCAAGAAGGCGCAAAAGGCCAAAAACUUUGCAGCCAUGCACGCACUCAGGUUCCUCCAGGGGGCAGGCCCGUCAUCUCGCGGAAAUAAGCGAUCUGCUUCCAUGACACAGGAGUCCCCUUCUCAUACUAGGGUGAAAGCUGAAGAAGACACCUGCGAUGGCGGUGUAUCUACAGCUGGUCCUUCGUCCUCAAAGGAUACAGGUGCCCAGACUCCUAUCUCUUCAACCACGGCCGCCUCAACUGCCGCCUCAACUACCGCCACCCAAAGCCUAGCCAUCCGUGAGCGCGUUGCUGUUCUCGGCGAGCGCCUGGGCUUUGGAAUCCCGGAGUACUACAUCGAACAAAGCACCAUUGUGGAUGACGAUGGUGAGACCUGGAUGGGACGCCCUGUCUUUAGAAACGACGGGAGGAUCCCCGAGGGUAUGGGCGUUGUGACUGGGAUUGCUGGACGAGAGCAAGCGGAGGACCUGGUCGCAGAGAAGGUGCUUGAGUGGCUUCAGAAGGAAGAGAAGCUCAGGGAGGAACAAGCUGCGAGUAUUGGAUCUGUAUAA